UGCACCAGGGCUGAGGGACUCUUCGUCCCCUCGCUUCCCUCGCUGCAGAUUUAACUCAUUUCCAUCAGCGCAGUCAUCCUUUUUUUCUUGCUUUUUACUUGCUGCUUCUGACAGAUGCAUUACAUUCAUUUCUUUCUGUAUGCCAGGAUCUAAGGAUUUAUGUAUUGAAAACGUGGGUUGUCCUGUUUAACGGAAUUAAAAAGGGGGACGUUUGCAGAGGACAGUGCUUGAAACUGGGACUCCGACUGGGACUUGGUCUUUUCUUUAUGCUGCUAGAGUGGAUUCCCUUUUGUUGCGCUGCCAGUGUUUUGUUCAGGGUGACAGACACUCUGAGAGAGGAGUUGUAGGACCCCAUACCUCUACAACUAUACAGAGUUAAUACUUCAAAGGACUAAAGCAAGUUAGAAAAUCUAUGGUUGCAUUAAGCACUUGAGGAGAAGGUGCUAAGCCUCCCCUGCCAGUGCUUCAGAAUGUCACAACAAAAAUGCAAGUAACACGUUUAUGGGAUAAAUAGGUGGAUUUCUGAUUGAUUCCCACACCCCUCUCUGCAAGUGUCUGCCACAGGAUUGCUGAGGAGUCAAAGUGAGAGGAGCGCUGAGCUAUUCAGCUGGCCUCUUAUUGCUCCAGGAGAGUCCUUCCACCUGCCUGCAUGGGAGUCUUACAUUCAACACUUUCAUCAGCUACUGGACUUUUACAUUUGUUUGUCUUUCGCGACUUGCAGUCCAGAACACUGAGAGGCAAGUUUGCACAUUUGGAUUUAAACUUUAAAUCACUUUAAUAGCAGAACUUCAUCCAGACAUGUUGACACGCUUGAUUUUUUUUUACCUCAUUCUGCCUAGGGAUGCCUUGUAAACACAUUUUUCCCCCCAGCGCUGUGUGUGCUGAGAGAGCUGUGACAUUAUCUCCUGCGGAGAUCCCCAUGUUGUUCUAGCCUGUGUCUGUGUUUUGAUUCAGACAAUAGCUGGGCAUGCAUGGGCUCCAGACACUGACCAGAGGACCACCAAAAUAAGGGAAGCCUGCUGUAACAUUGUAAACACGCCAGCACCCAUGGCGCAGUGAAACUUUGGAUUAAUUUAAAGGGGUUGAUUUGCAGAGAUGGAUAUAAUUUACAUUUCCAGAGAGACUCGUAAGAACAUUUUUUCCCCGUAGCAGUUGUUGCCUACAAUUUAUUUUUUAAAGGUAACCACUCAGUAAAUUUCAUCUGAUCUCCAGGAGUGAAAUCAGAACCAUAUGCUGCUUACUCAUCUGAUCUCCUGUAAGGAUCCGUCAAGAGCAGAGAGCAUUGUGCUUUCCUUCACGCUUUAACCUCUUUGUAUGGUGUCCUCUCUCGCAUCCUAUGUGCUCUCCGCCCUUGUGCGGACAGCUUAUGCCCUCAGCCUCCCUGUGGCAUCCCUCAUUAGGAUCAGGAGAUGAGGCCACAGACUGGCAGGCAAAGCAGCAGGGAAAGUCGCCGCUGGGAUUGAUGCUGGCUACAGCACUAAUGCUACCCUGGUUUACUGAAGGAAUACAGUUUUUUCUCCCUACUCCUGACUGUUACCCACCCACUACUUUCACUAACCAUGAGUGAUUGGAAAAGGAGAGCUAAACGGGUUGUCCUACCCUCCCAGAGGCUUUAUUGAUUUUCCUCCAGUCAGUGUUCAUUUGAUUGAGACCCAGCUAUGUGAGAGUAAGGUGAAAGAGAGAGUGAGUGUGUUAGAGAGAGUAUUGAGCUCCGUUAACUGAAGAAGGCUGCAGACACCCAGUAUAGAGCGGGUGGGGGGGACAGGCAGUUCUCCAGUUUCAGGCCAGCUGCCUUAUGGGUGACACAUCACAAACCUGACCCACCUGGAUAGUGCCCAGAACAAUGAACCAGUCUGAACUGACAACGGACCCGGUGCUCGCUGCCAACAGCAGUCAUGGAGACUUCUUUCCUGGCAGGGCCACCAACCACUCUUGUCCCUUGGGCUGGGGGCUGAACCAAGGCCUGGAGGCUUGCGUCCUGGAGACUGCCGUCAUUGUACUUCUGACAGUGCUCAUUAUCACAGGGAACCUGACAGUUAUCUUCGUGUUCCACUGUGCCCCUCUGCUACACCACUACACCACCAGCUACUUUAUCCAGACCAUGGCCUAUGCUGACCUGCUGGUGGGUCUUAGCUGCCUGGUGCCCACUCUGUCUCUGCUCCACUACCCAGCAGGUGUCCAGGAGCCCAUCACAUGCCAGGUCUUCAGCUACGUCAUCUCUGUUCUAAAGAGUGUUUCAAUGGCCUGCUUGGCUUGCAUCAGUGUGGACCGCUACCUGGCCAUAACAAAACCACUGUCUUACAACCAGCUGGUGACGCCAUGCCGGCUACGAGGCUGCAUCACCCUAAUCUGGGUCUACUCCAGCCUGGUGUUCUUGCCCUCGUUCUUUGGGUGGGGUAAACCAGGCUAUCAUGGAGACAUUUUUGAGUGGUGUGCCCACUCUUGGCCCACCUCUGCCCUUUUCACGGGCUUUGUGGUGUGCUUGCUCUAUGCGCCUGCUGCACUUGUGGUCUGUUUUACGUAUUACCAUAUCUUUCGCAUUUGCCAGCAGCACAACAGAGAGAUCAGUGAACGACGGGCACGUUUUCCCAGCCAGGAGAUGGAGGCUGGUGAGGGCGGUGGCGGCGGGCAUCACAGUGGGCAUGGACCAGAUCGGCGCUACGCGAUGGUGUUAUUCCGCAUCACCAGCGUUUUCUAUAUGCUCUGGCUGCCCUACAUAAUCUACUUCCUGUUAGAGAGCUCCCAUGUGCUGGACAGCCCUGCCCUCUCCUUCAUCACUACCUGGCUGGCCAUUAGCAACAGCUUUUGCAACUGUGUGAUCUACAGCCUGUCUAAUAGUGUGUUCCGCCUGGGCAUGCGUAGGCUCUCACAGACGAUUUGCUCCUUCAGCCAUUGUGCGGCCGAUGACAGGGACUUCGGGGAGCCUAAACCAAGGAAGAGGGCAAACUCAUGCUCCAUCUGAAGGGAUGACUUUUACAGGAUGAGAAUGCUGCUGGAAUCUAUCAAUGGGGAAUAUGAAUCUUAACCAGUUGAGCAGCUAGUUAACUUUGAGUAACAUUGGCAUGGCUUAACCCAACAGAAAACACUUUCUGUUGCAUCAGCCUGUCAGCUGACACCAGUGACAUUGCGAUGGUCACAAUAAACCAUGGUUUAUUGCAUUAUAAGCUUUUCGAGGAGAUGGGUGCAGUGUCUAAACAGAGAGAUUUAAUGAGAUGGGCACACUUAAAUGACUAAUAUUCUGUGGUAUGUGACUUGGCUGUGGGUCAUGUAGAAAGUAGUCUCUCCCCAUGGCUUUCUCAGCUUUUACAUCUCACUGUAUGUCACUGUAUCAGCCACGUCAGACAUAGUGGGAUAACUGAGUUAUCAUAGGAUUCAUGAAUAUCUCCUCAGACAUUAAAUGUGACCACACUUUUUCAUGCCUGUUAAAUUUUUUUAGUGGUUGUGAAUUCGAUUGACCUUCUAUCAGAUGUCUCCGUGCUUUCUAUGACUGUCAUUAGCAGAGACUAGAUAGCCUACACUUACUUGUGCUCAUAAACCUGUUUAAAGGUUCUAAAUGAUCAUUUGACUUUUUAACUGUAUGAACACACACAGUGACAUUGACGACAGCCAUUAUGCUGCUGAUAAAUAACAGAUGGUGUACGGCCUUGACUGAUUUCUAGAGAAAAGUGCGCAGCCCAUUUCUGCUAAAGCAUUUUGUGUUGAGUCUUGUCAACAUGAUGUGUGCACAGGUGAACAGAGGAGAGAUGCAAAAAAGUCAUGAUGUACUGGUCAGAUGCAUUUUUUUUCUAUUGUUAGAGUGAUUGGCAAAUUGCAUAUCUGACAGCAGGUUUAAAUUUGGAUAAAGUUGUUUAAUCAGACCUUGAUGUAACAGUAAUCUCAAAACAUAAAACUCUAAUAUAGCAGUGUUUAGGUAGUUAGGCAAAACAUAUUUCUACAUCACAGCAGAUGACCAAGGACUGUUAAAAAUAUCUGAACUGGUGAAAGAAGGUUUAAAAUCCAUAAAUCAAGUUCAAAUCCACCAAAACAAGAAUUAAUAAAGUUUUCACUUGACUCAAUGUGGUUACUAAUCUAUAUUGUUGACGGUCUAAUUGUCAACCCAUUUAACACAUUGCCUAUUACUGUAGUGUGUAUCCACAGAUGACAUGCUGCUUUCAUUGUUUACCAAUUUACAUAUUAGCUAAUUAUGUUUGGUCACCAAUUGAUUGGUGCAUGCCUGCUAAAAAGCACCUUAUUUCCAGAAUUGAGACAAAUGAUGUGUCGUUUUGACUCUGAGGCCUUUAUAUUGAGGGCAGUGAACUGAUGCUAGCCAGAGGUUUCUUCCCAAGAUCCCCUUGCACUUAUGAAAUAGCCCAUCAGCGUCAGCAUUCCCACCAUUGGUGUGGCAUUCCUGAUAUGGCCGUGUUAUGAGUAUUCUGCUAACAGUUUGAUGCAUGAAUGCUCAACAGUCAUUUCUAACAAGUCUAAAUUCAAAAUAAAAGUAUUAAAUUAUGAAUUUCACAGUAUUAUUUAAAAUGGAAAAGGUUUGGAAACGGAACCCUGCAAUUGAGCUGAGUUUAGGAUAUUAUUAUUUAUAGAUUCACCUCUUGGAUGUUGCUUUAACCCACUCACAAACUUCCCUGACUCACUUACAGGAAAGAGAAGUCGUAGUGGUAGCACAGACCUGAAGAUUAUCAGUGAAACAAUUAUCUUUGUUAAAGAUGAUGGACCUGGGUUCAGAUUAAUGUGAUCUGAUCUGUCUGGAGGUCACUGUGAGGCUAAAACUUAACUGAUCUGAAAUUACAUGCUUAGUUGUGAGAAAGGUUUAAGGCUAUCAGUGGCUCAUCUUGUGGAGGUUUGUUAAACCAUUGGCCGAACAAUCCUCAUUACUUUUAAUUUGCCCCACACUCUUUAGCUCUGCCAAUGAUGCUGCUGAUGAAAAUGAUACUGCCCUCAAACUACAGGCCUGAAUGUCUUACGUGUAAAUUUGGUAACUUUUUUUUUUUUUUCAUGAUUUCUGUGCCCAAGCAACAGAUGACUGGGCUGAGUAUAGGUGUCAGAAAUUGGUUUGUUUAUGGGCUCCUUAUUGGAGAUGGGUAGUUAAAUCUAUUCUGCUAUAAAAUAAUUAUGUUGUUUUUUUAUUGUACCCAUUCCAGCUUGAUGAAAUCUAAAGACUGUUCCCCAAUAUGGGGCUUUUUAUAUACAAAGUGCAGAUGAUGUGUGUUGUUAAAGCAACCUACAAGACUGCCUUUGGCUGUGAUUCUCACCCUUUGCUACAGCACAGUAUUUCAGGCACUCCAGUCAAUUUACCUUGUAUAUUCCCUCGAUCAUUGGAUGAGUGUCAAAGCAUAAUUCAUUUGAAUACAGCCACGUACUAUAGCCAAUUACUGAUUUUCCCUCUUUGCUCAUGUAGUAGUGUCAUCUGUGGUUGAAGCCUUGCUUGUACUGUAUAUUUGUCCAUGCUAGAAACCAAGUGACACAGCGCACCCAGCCCCUUGAUAUUGUAACUGCAUUCAGUGCUGCUUAACAGUAGCCUGUGUAAGUCAUUCCUCAUUUUAAAGCUGCAUUAAGUGAUUUUUGAAGCCACUGCGCAGAAAGCCUUUAGCUUAUUAUAUUUUUGUGGCUACUUCACAAAAACAGAGCUACAUGAUCAUUCCAGUCCCGAGUCUUUCUGACCAUUCCAAUGAAUGUAAGUACAGUAUUGUUUUUAAGACAAGGUUUAGAAAACCAACAGAAAAAAAAAAAUGUCUCGUUUGGGUUAUCUAGGUAUUCGACUUCAUUUAUCAACCAUUCCUUUACUUCGGCUCUCUGCAGGUUUGCAUGAGGCCAGUAGCCUACAGACAACUUGAAAUAAUCACUUGCUGGGAGUGGCUGCCCAUGGUUUGUACUGUAUGUGCCGGCAUUGUUUUGGUUGUUUUGGUUCAGACAACUAAGAUAACCAAGUCUGUGAGGUGGUGUAAAGCUGCAUUGUGGGGUAUUGAUUCUUAGCGGGUUCAUCAGCAUUAAUCACCCUUUAAGAUAGCCAGGAGUUGUUUGAUUCAGUGUUAGUAUUUAAGAUAUUGCUUUAUGCAGCUUUAAUGCAUACAGAUUGUUCUGUAUAUGUGCCUAACAAUGUAUUUUGUAGGAAGAGUGGAAAAAAGAUGUUGGGAAGUAAUUACACUUACACGGACAUGCUGCACUUUUACAAAACAUUUUCCGGCUACAUGAACAUACCUUGUGACCAUGUGCACAUCUGAAGGUACGUUGUUGUUGAAUUUAGUUUUCCAUGACUUUUAGUUUAGAGAGGUAUCCACUUGAACCGAGAAUGGGUCAAGUCAUUCAUUUGUUACAGUCAGUCUGACUCCUGCCUUCAAGUGGGUACAUGUUCUACUAUCUGACGUCUACAUCAUAUCUGUAAGAUAAGAGCAGACAGCAGAUUUGUCUAAGUCUUGUGAAUUCCCCUCUGUAGCCGUAUGACCUGGCAUAUAUGAGGAAUAGCAGUAGGGAACCACAGCAUAGCCGUGUCAAAUACUAGACUUAUGAUGAUAUUUUUUAUUUCGAUAGCUUGUGUUUUUGGUGCUUCUUUGGAGCAUAGUGCAGUGGGGUGGUAGAAGAAAUUUGUAGGGUCUGAAUUAGUGCUGUAUUAUCUUCACAACAUGGUGACAAAUAACAACACAACAACAUUUAAAACAAGAGAAAGCAACAUCUUGUAUUAGCAUAAAAUAAAAUAGUUCAGUUGUUACCACAUAAUGUAAAAUUUGGAAUAUACCAUUCAAGUGGAGAUUAUAGCAUUUGGUCAGAAGUUGCACAAAUAUUCAUUCCUUUGGUGGGCUUUUUCUUUUUCUUUUUUGUAGCGGGUUAUGUGAAAUGCGUGUCUUGACUCAAGGUUUUAAAAAUCUAAGAGCCACUGAAUGAAUAUUUAAAAAAAGAAAUUGUUUAUAUGUGUCUGUAUUACACUGACCAAACUGAAGUGUUAGAAAUCAAAACUGUUAUCUUGUUCAAACAAGUCAUCUUACUUUCAAGUGCAUUGAUCGGGGCUUUUAGUAAAAAAAGAGUUUUAUUAAUGACAGGAUAAUAUGUAUUUAUUUAUGAAGUUAUGUUUAAACCUUUACACAAUAUACUGUAUAUGAGUAUACUGUAUAUAAAGUGUGUGUUUCUGUUUAUAAUCUGCUGUACAGCCAAAAAACAAAAAAAAAAAAAUCAGACAACUUCUGACAAAGGUAUGGCGCACCCAUUUGUGUUAAAUCAACUAGGCUGCUGAUGUUUUGAAUAGGAGGCAGAGUGUGUUGAAUUACAUAGUAUCUAUUUUUUUAUUUUGAAAUUUUGUCAAAGACUAUGGUUUUGUUGUUGCUGCCAACCCAAUAAAGGUGAAAAUAGUA